AUAUCAGUCUGCGCGUUAGCAAACAAUGUCCUACUUGAAAAAAAGAUUUAUUCAUUUCAGGGACUAUAUACCUUAUCACUUUUACCGCCAAAUGAUAAACACCACAGGAAGCCCAGGAAAAACUAAAAUCAAGGCAUAAUUUUUGCUUAAAUUGAUUGUACUGAAUUGGCCAUCAUAACUAUAUCAUCAAUCCUAAGUCAAUGCUUCAUUUAAAGAUUAUUUCUGUGCAAUAUUUCUAUGUCUUUCUUUGAAUUUCAGAUUCAAAKUGUGUGCGUGGGCUUCCUGUGGYUGUACUGYCUGUUGUCAGCGGUUUCAAWCAAAAGUCCGCCAUUUUGUAUUUGUUUUGAAUUUAUUUACAACAGUCGAAAACAAAGUUCAUURUUUUGAGUUUUUACUCAAUCAUUGCCAAGAUUAUUUCGUUGCAGUUCAUAUCAUUUAUGUCUUGAAGAAAAGGGUGAAGAAUGGACGGCGAUCAAGGUGACAGCGGCUCAUUAUCUGACGAUUAUCUCAACGAUUCAUWUGCAAGCGUUGGAAAUUCAACUCGAUCUCUUUUGUCACCGAUCUURAACGAAAAACUUUACAUCAAGACAUCCACUCCUGGAAAGGACAGACAGGAAUUUGAAGAUAACAAAGGUCAAGAGGAAGAAGAAGAUGAUUACACUCCAGAGAAGUCAAAAAAUAUGGUUUUGACAAGUAUAAGUUUGGCUAAAAGAGGAGAGGACAUUUCACUUUCUAGGACUGAUAAAGGUAGUAGAAUUGGAUCCAGUUAUUCAAGCUCUUUUAGCUCUAGCUAUUUAGAGAGCUCAAAGCAUAAAGACACCGAUGAAGGAGGCAAACUAUCCCCUUGGGAAAAUUGGUUGAUUAAAAAGACCAGUGAAAAUCGUGAAAAAAGGAAAAUGAGAAAAAUAGAAGAAACUAAAAAGAAAAUUGAAUUGGAAGAAAAAGAGAGGGAAAAGGAAUCAAAAAGACAAGAUAUAGAAGAGAAGUUAAGAGUAUGGCUGCAACAGAAAGAGGAAACUGAGAAGAUUAAACAUAACGAAGAGAAAAGAGAGUUGAAAGAACAGCGAGAGUCUAAAAUGAAAAAGCAAAUAGAAAUUGAAGAGAAAUCCAAAAAAGUAUUUAAUCAAUGGCUUGAAGAAAAGAAAGCUGCUGACCUYGAGGCAAAGAAGAAGAAAGAAAAUGAAGAAUUUGAUAAGAAGCAAAAGGAWGUGGAAAAACGAAUGAAAAGUGAAGAAGCAUUUGAAAAAUGGCUUCAAAAUUGCAAAAAAGGUUCUAGAAGUAACAAUCAGAGYUCUAAUCACCRACAAGUUGGUUURCAGGGMUGUUAUGACUGGGCUUCUUACCCAUGCCCUAGCUACAUUAAUCCAAUGCCCUGGGUACCUCCUGUAUCAAAACACAGAGGAAGAAUAAGUAAAAACAAAGAACUACAACCAGUGUCACCUCCAUUGCUGUUCAGAGACUAUGAACAAAGGACAAAAAAGACCUCAAGAAAACAUACUGUGAAGUGUACUCCACAAAUUUAAUACAGAAUAUAUAAUUCACUAGGGUCCAGUUUGUAUGAGGGCUGGAUAGCUCUAUCAAUAAACCAUUACCCAAUUAAUGAAAUCGAUACAAAAUAAGGUAAUGGAUAACUUUAUCCACCCUUUGUAAAGUAGACACGAGUUUCCUGUUAAUUAAGACUUCUUGCACUGUUAUUUCAGAAUGAUAUAUGAAGUAUUAUUGUAUYGUGUAAAUAUUCAAUCUUAUGUUUUCUUAUAUAUAAUAAAGAAUUUAAUUCAAUA